AUGGUUACACUUCUGUCUCUCUCUAUCUCUCUCUCCCCCUCUCCCUCUCUCUCCCGCGAUCUUCUCUCUUUGUGAUUAACAUGACGAUCUGGUCGUCCGAUCACGUUUUUCUUGUGGCCGCCGCAGGCGAACUCGGCGUCGGGGAUGGCGGUGAACGACGAGUGCAAGCUCAAGUUCCUGGAGCUGAAGACGAAGAGGAACUACCGGUUCAUAGUGUUCAAGAUCGAGGAGAGGAUCCAGCAGGUGACGGUAGAGAGGGUCGGCCUCCCGGAGGAGUCCUAUGACGACUUCUGCUCCUCCCUCCCCGCCGAAGAGUGCCGUUACGCCGUCUACGACUUCGACUUCGUCACCCACGAGAACUGCCACAAGAGCAAGAUCUUCUUCAUCGCCUGGUACCUGUUCAUCUUCUUUUUCUUCCUUCUCCUCCUCCUCCUCCUCUUUCUCUUCUUCUCCCCCCCCCCCCCUCAUCGUCAUCGUCAUCGUCAUCUUCAUCAUCAUCAUCCUCCGCCCAUUUCCUCCCAUCUUCCUCACCGCCGGCGCCGCCGCUGACAGGUCGCCGGACAGCUCGAGGGUGAGGAGCAAGAUGCUGUACGCGAGCUCCAAGGACAGGUUCAAGAGGGAGCUCGACGGGAUCCAGGUGGAGUUGCAGGCCACGGAUCCCUCGGAGAUGAGCUUCGACAUCAUCAAAGCCCGGGCCAUCUGA